AUGUCGAGCAUUGUUCCCGUUGAUCUGCUGUCCUUCGCGACAAACCCCUCGUACCUAAACAGCAUCGUUUCGACAAAUGCCUCGAAUCCAACCACGAUUGAAUUCCUUUCUUAUAAUUCCAGCUUUGCUUCCAUACUUGGAGAAAAUGCGACGGCACGACAGUUGUACAACCUAGAUUACUCUGCUUUCCACGAAGCAGGAGUGUACAGCAAAGAUACCCAGAAGAUUUAUAUAACGAAUGACUGGGCGGGUGACUUGUCCAACCCCAUCAACGUUACCACCAUCGACCUAGCAAACAAUUACUCCAUCUCUUCAAUCAGAUACCCUUCUUUGUCUGAGCCCAACGGGGGUACAGCGUACUAUCCUCCAGGCACACAGGCCAACUCAUCCACACCGCCAUACAUACUAUACUGCGACCAAGGCGACCUUACCAAUCCCGCCGGCCUUGUCAGCGUAGAUCCCGUUUCCGGCUCCUCGACCCGCAUUCUAACAAAUUUUCUCGGACGAAAUUUCAGCGGCUUGAAUGACGUGCGACAACACCCUGUUACCGGCGACAUCUGGUUCACCGACACGGAUUAUGGCUACUACAAAGGUUUCCGGCCACCGUCCAAUCUCCCCAAGCACGUGUAUCGUUUCUCCCCCUCGACGGGCGACAUCAAAGCUGUCGCAGGUGAUUUCUUUCAGCCGAAUGGACUUGAGUUUAGCCCAGACUACAUGACGCUUUAUGUAUCUGACUCCGGGGUUUACCAAAACGACACAGAUCUCACACGUCCUUCUACGGUCUACGCUUUCGAUGUUAUCGAUAAUGACAAGUCUUUGGCAGGCAGACGCACAUUUGCAUAUGUGGAUACUGGAAUUGCUGAUGGGCUGCACACGGAUACCGAGGGAAACUUGUGGGCAGGCUGCGGAGAUGGCAUAAAUGUCUGGAAUCCAGCUGGUGCUUUGAUUGGCAAGAUUUGGAUUGGAGUCACUAGCAACAAUUUUGCGUUCUUGCCGGGGGCUAUGCUCAUCUUUAGUAAUCAGCACCUGUGGCUCGUUGAGAAUUUGAAGGCAGUGGGAAGGGAAGUUCGUAAGGACUUUGGAGUGUGA